AUGGGACUGGGCAUGUCUCUGAAUCUUCAAAAGCACCUGCAGGCGAAUGGCUGGUCGCCACUCCGUUAUAGCAACCGCACUCUACCAAAAGGACAACCUCUUCAAGACGCGGGAGCCAUUCCUGAAGAUAACUUCGAAAAAGUCGUCCAGAAUUCAGACAUCAUAUUUACAAUGAUCUCCGAGGACGAUAUCCUGAUCGAGUUACUGGAUCAAGCUCUAUCCGCGGGUGAAUCAUUGAAAGGCAAAAUAUUCGUGGACACGUCUACUGUUCAUCUUGAUACAUCUGAGCUAGCUGCACGGCGUCUGAGCGAGCAUGGUGCAACAUUCAUCGCUGCUCCCGUGUUCGGUGCUAGUCCUGUGGCAGCCGCUGGAAAGCUGAUAUUCGCGGUAGCCGGGCCUGCCGAUGCAGUUGAAACAAUCAGACCUCUCAUCAUAAACGUCAUGGGACGAAGCAUCAUAGAAAUGGGCGAGGAAGUACGAAAGUCCAGCCUCCUAAAACUCUCCGGCAACAUCCUCGUCAUAAGCUUCAUGGAAGCAAUCGCCGAAGCCCAAGUCCUCGCCGAACUAACAAGCCUCGGCACACACCAACUAGAAGAAUUCAUCGGCAACAUGUUCGGCCCCGUCCUCGAAAGCUACUCCAAACGCAUAACGACAGGCGCCUACGCACCAUCUCUAGACACGACACCCGGGUUCACAGCAGCGCUCGCAUGCAAGGAUAUGAGGCAUGCUCUUUCUAUUGCGGAUGGUCAUGGAACUCGUCUUCCAACGGUGGAACUGGCGUUGGGGAGGUUGAAUUCGGCGAGGGAGGUUGCUGGGGAGUGGUUGGAUAGUGCGGGUGUUUAUGGGACGGCGAGGGUGGAGGGGGGGUUGGCAUUUUGGAGUGGGAAUAGUCGGCAGGGGUGA